AGCUGUUUAGAUCUCAACUUAGAUAUUUAUUGGGAGAUAUCAGUGAUAUCCUCCUUCCAAGCGGGCGAAAGGAAAGCCAUGAAUGUUCCCUUGGCCACUGCAGCUGCGGUGCCUGGGCAAUUUGCUGUGCUGGUGCCCAAUGGCGUGUCUGCUGGUCAGAUGAUCCAAACGAGCACCCCUGAUGGACAGCAGGUCCAGGUGCAGGUGCCACCAGGCUGUGGCCCUGGGAGUCAGUUCAUGGUCUCCUAUCAGCCGCAGGCAGUGGCUAUGGCCGCCCCUGUGCAGCAUGCCAUGGCCGGGGCCGUGGCACCUGCGCUGCACUAUUGGCCCGGCGCAGCGGACCCUUUCGCGAUCCUCCAAUCCUUGUCAGGUGUGUCCAUCAAGCAGCAGAUCAAUUGGGCCGAAGUUCUUGUGGGCUGGGAUCAGCCGGAGAAGUACUUGAUCUCCGAUCCGGUGACGAAUCGAGACCUCUUCGUGGCAGCGGAGCGCUCGGAUGGUGUCAUGGGCAUGCUGGGACGACAGGUCUUUGAGGGCGGCUCGCGGCCAUUCAACUUGGACAUCGCGAUGCUCACAGGCCCGGGCAACGCGCCGGAACCCUUCGUGCGGUUGCAGCGGCCCUUCGCAUGCACCUGCCUCUGCUUUGGGCGGCCCAGGAUGCACAUCUACAAUGCAUUGACGAAUCAACUCAUUGCCAGCACAGUGGAACCAUAUUCGUGCUGCCACUUACGCAUUGGAAUGAACGAUGAAGCAGGGGGCGAAGUCCUGAAAGUGGAUCAUCAUUGCUGCGAUUGUUCCUUGCUGUGUUGGGGAUGCCCCUGUGGCUGCCAGGAGACGAACUUCGAGGUGUACGAUGGCAAUCAAGUCGUGGGCCACAUCCGCAGACAGUUCAACACCGCCCAGGCCAUCGGGCGCAUCACGGGGGUGAACGCUGACUCGGACCAGUUCCACGUGGACUUCAAAGAGGUACAGAGCCCCCAGUGGAAGGCGGCGUUGAUCGCCAUGGCCUUGUUCCUGGACUACUGCUAUUUCGUGAAAGGUGGUUCCACGGCCCGCAGGGAGAGCGCCCUGGGCAGGGCCAUUGAUGUAGAGCGCCGAUGGAACAAUGACAAUUGAGUGGGAUGCGCCGCUGACAGAUUGGCAUCACCUGGCGAUAGAGGUGAUCUUCAGUACGAUGAGCGGAAUGGGACCCUCCCUUUGAAGGGGGAGGACCUCGCAGCGCUCGUGCAAUCUUUUAAUAGGUGCCACUUCAGCAGAUGUUGGGGUAAUUUUUCCCCCUCAAAUGAGAGGAUGGACUUGAG